AUGGCGCGUCUCCCCAACACCAUCGCCAUCGUCCAUCAGAGUCACACCUCCAGUCUCAUAACCCCGCCCAUCUCCAUCGUCUAUUACAGUCCCCUCUCCGGUCACACCAUCCCCCGUCGCCAUCGUCCAUCAGAGUCCCCCCUCCUGUCUCACCAUCCCCCAUCGCCAUCGUCCAUCAGAGACCCCUCUCCUGUCUCACCAUCCCCCAUCGCCAUCGUCCAUCAGAGACCCCCCUCCGGUCACACCAUCCCCCAUCGCCAUCGUCCAUCAGAGACACCCCUCCUGUCUCACCAUCGUCCAUCGCCAUCGUCCAUCAGAGACCCCCCUCCUGUCUCACCAUCGUCCAUCGCCAUCGUCCAUCAGAGACCCCCCUCCUGUCUCACCAUCCCCCAUCGCCAUCAUCCAUCAGAAACCCCCCUCCUGUCUCACCAUCCCCCAUCGCCAUCGUCCAACGGAGACCCCCCUCCUGUCUCACCAUCCCCCAUCGCCAUCGUCCAUCAGAGACCCCCCUCCUGUCUCACCAUCCCCCAUCGCCAUCGUCCAUCAGUGACCCCCCUCCUGUCUCACCAUCGCCCAUCGCCAUCGUCCAACGGAGACCCCCCUUCUGUCUCACCAUCGCCCAUCACCAUCGUCCAACGGAGAUCCCCCUUCUGUCUCACCAUCCCCCAUCGCCAUUGUCCAUCAGAGACCCCCCUCCUGUCUCACCAUCGUCCAUCGCCAUCGUCCAUCAGAGACCCCCCUCCGGUCUCACCAUCCCCCAUCACCAUCGUCCAUCAGCAACCCCCCUCCGGUCUCACCAUCCCCCCAUCAUCAUCGUCCAACAGAGACCCCCCUUCCUGUCUCACCAUAGCCGCAUCACUCACGUCCAUCAGAGACCCCCCUCCUGACUCACCAUCCUCCAUUUCCAUCAUCCAUCAGGGUCACUCCUCCAGUCUCGCAAUCCACUCCAUCACCGUCACCCUUCAGCAUUCCCCCUGGUCUCCCCAGCAACCCAUCACCAUCGUCCAUUAG